AUGGCACCUAGACUCCCUCCGCCACCUCAACCUAACGAGCCUGAUACGUCCAACAGCACUAGGUUGUUGGAGACGGUAAUUGGUAUACUGCAGCAACAGAAUAAUACGUUGAUGGAGCAGAACGCCACUCUGAUGCAGCAGAAUCAGAACGCCAUGCAGAGUUUGGAAGCCUCUCGAGCCAACUCUGAGACGACUCAACGGCAAUUGAUGGAAAUACUGGCUGCUACUAGGGGCGCGACAGGAGCGUCCUCUUCCAACGCUGCCCAGCCUACUGCUGAAUGGAGUUUAGAAAGUUUUCUCCAACACCAUCCGGCCAAGUUUAAUGGAAAAGUUCUUCCGGAUGAAGCAGAUCAGUGGCUCAGGGAUAUGGAGCGGAUUUACAACGCUAAGAGGUGUCCGGAUGACAACCGAUUAGCCUUUACUGAAUACUUUCUGACUGGUGAAGCAAGUCACUGGUGGACGAGCAUGAAGGCAAUCUUGACGGACGCUCAUAGUCCCGUGACUUGGGCAGUUUUCAGGGCGAAAUUUUACGAAGAAUAUUUCCCGGACAGCGUACGUUUUGCUAAAGAAGUGGAGUUUCUACAAUUGGUACAAGGGGGAAUGUCUGUCUCGGAGUAUACUAAUAGAUUCAAGCAUUUGGUCCGUUUUAACACCAUGGCUACGAGCGAAGAAUGGCAAUGCAGGAAGUUUGAAAACGGGCUGAGGAGCGACUUGAAGGUAUUGAUAUCCAGCUUGUGCAUUAGGUCAUUCCCUGCUAUGGUUGAGAGGGCUAAAGUGUUAGAGAAGAAUGUGGCUGAGGCCGAGCAACAGAAGAAGCAACAGUUGAGCAGAGUGCCGGUUUUGUCAAGGAAUACUUCUACUGUGAGAAGAACCCCGUACGUUCAUCCAACCCAACCCUCGGGUGGAUCCCAAGCCUUGGCUACUGUCGGCCAAUCUGGACAGCCAAGGAGUCUGACAUGUUUCCAGUGUGGAGGACCGCACUUUAGGUGGGCUUGUCCUCAACUGAAUGGUGGAAAAUACUGCACUAAGUGCAGAAGGAGCGGACACUCGGAUCAAGAGUGUAACAUGGGAGGCCGUGCAGUAGCAAGACCGCCGAACGCUGAAAGAACACAGCAAGGGAGAGGGGGACGUGCGCAGGCAGUUGGACGAGUGUAUGCUAUCACGGGUGCUGAAGCUGCUAGUUCAGGUACACUCAUCAUCGGUAAUUGUUUGCUGUUUGGAAAACCUUGCUGCGUGUUAUAUGAUUCGGGGGCAACUCAUUCCUUCAUCUCGAAGGCGUGCUUUGAAAAGCUGAGGUUAGUGGAGAGUGAAUUACAGUUCGACUUGGUGGUGUCAACCCCAGCGGCUGGUGGGAUUAGAACAUCUACGGGUUGUUUUAGAUGUCCUAUAGAAGUUGAGGGACGUAGAUUCAAAGUUAAUCUCAUCUGCUUGCCUCUUCAAGGUUUAGAGGUAAUUUUGGGGAUGGAUUGGUUGGCUACCAAUCACAUUCUCAUAGAUUUUGGUAAGAAAGAGUUAGUCUUUCCAGAUGAAGGAGAAGAGGAGUUCUCAGUGACGCUCGGUCAGCUGAAGGAGGAUAUAGUAGAGGGCGCCCACUGUUUCCUGAUAAUGACGCAUUCAGAUGAAGAAUUGGUAGGAGUGAAGUGGGGACGAUCGUCGCAAGAUGAGUCGAAUGGAGGACGAUCGGUAAUUGAAGAGUUUCCUGAAGUCUUUCCAGACGAGAUACUUGGACUGCCUCCUGUUCGUGAGGUUGAAUUUACGAUCGACCUGGUGACAACAGCAGCGCCAAUAUCGGUUCAACCAUAUAGAAUGUCGUCUGCUGAAUUGGUUGAGCUCAAGAAGCAGAUUGAAGAAUUAAUGGACAAGCAGUUUAUCAGGCCGAGCGAUGGCAGCUCUAGACUUUGCAUUGACUACCGGCAGCUUAAUAAGCUUACUAUCAAGAACAAGUAUCCACUUCCGCGGAUUGACGACCUACUGGAUCAGUUGCAGGGAGCGAGCGUAUUCUCAAAGAUAGACUUACGCUCGGGCUAUCAUCAGAUUCGGGUGAAGGAAGGGAACAUUCAGAAGACGGCCUUUAGGUCUCGUUAUGGGCAUUAUGAGUAUGUGGUAAUGCCGUUCGGGGUGACGAACGCGCCAGCGAUCUUCAUGGACUACAUGAACCGGAUAUUCCGACCCUACCUGGACAAGUUCGUAGUGGUCUUCAUUGACGAUAUCCUGAUUUACUCCAAGAGCCAUGAAGAGCAUGAGGAACAUUUGCGGGUCGUGCUUGGAGUGUUGAAGGAGAAGGAACUGUACGCCAAGUUGUCAAAGUGUGAAUUUUGGAUGAAGAGCGUGCAGUUCUUGGGGCAUGUUGUGUCAACCGAAGGAAUUUCUAUGGACCCGGCAAAAGUACGAGUGGUUUUGGAGUGGGCGAGUCCGCAUUUGGUUACAGAGGUGCGGAGCUUCGUUGGUCUUGCAGGCUAUUAUAGGCGUUUUAUUGAAGGUUUUUCCAAGAUAGUAGCACCACUAACACAGCUCACGCGCAAGGAUCACCCGUUCGCUUGGACCGAUCGGUGUGAAGAGAGUUUUCAGGAGCUUAAGCGGAAGUUGACGAGCGCUCCGGUUUUAGUGAUUCCGGACACUGCCAAACCAUUUGAAGUCUACUGUGACGCCUCUCAUCAAGGUUUGGGCUGUGUGCUGAUGCAAGAGAGACGAGCAGUGGCAUACGCUUCUCGACAAUUGAAAAUUCACGAGAGGAACUAUCCGACACACGACCUGGAGCUGGCAGCGGUCAUUUUUGCUUUGAAAAUUUGGAGACAUCAUCUGUACGGAGCUACCUUUCAGAGGAGGUGGCUUGAGUUUCUAAAGGAUUAUGAGUUUGAGUUACUCUACCAUCCGGGGAAAGCUAACGUAGUGGCGGACGCACUAAGCAGGAAGUCGGUUCAUGUUUCAGUUAUGAUGGUGAGGGAACUCAAUCUGGUGGAGAGCUUUAGAGACCUAAGGUUGCAGUUCGAGUUGGAGCCGAACAGUAUUAAAUGCUGCACCCUCAGAAUAGCAAGUGAUGUGUUCGACCGGAUCAGGAUGAAGCAAAGGGAGGAUGAAGACUUGGACAUGCGUCCCGAAUGA